GCGUACGUGGUGACGUGUGACGCAGUGGCGGGAGGUUCGAGCCGUCCGGCGGCCGCAACAUGGCGGCGACAGAGGAGGAGCUGGAGCCCGAGCUGGAGCUGGAGGCGGAUUCCCUCACCGAGGAGGAUGACGAGGAGAUCCUCACCCCGGCACAGCUCAUCCACAAACUGGAGGAGGCUUGGCUGAAUGAGAAGUUUUCUCCCGACCUUCUGGAAUGUAAAUCUGAAAUAGUCGAAUGUGUCAUGGAACAGCUGGAUCAUAUGGAAAAGAAUUUGCAGCGGGCCAAGAAAGGAGACCUGAAAAUCACCGUUCACAGGAUGGAAAUGGAGAGGAUUCGUUACGUCCUCAGCAGCUAUUUAAGGUCCCGGUUAAGAAAGAUAGAGAAGUUUUUCCCUCACAUUCUGGAGAAGGAGAGGUCCCGUCCGGAGACAGUGUCUUCGUUUUUAUCUGCACAAGAGGUUGCUUUUGCGAAAGAACCAGCUGAUCAGAGGUCAAGACUGGCAUGUACCAGGGAGAAAGGAUGGCAGUGUUCAAGAACCCUGGAUGUUGCCAAGCCCAACCUGGAUUCGUUUGUGUUUCUGCGAGUCAAGGAGAAGCAGGAGAACGUGCUGGUGGAGCCGGAGACAGGCGAUCAGAGAGAGUACACUGUUGAUCUGGAGGAAGGGUCGCAACACUUGAUGCGUUACAGGACGAUCGCACCUUUGGUGGCCAGCGGCGCAGUGCAGCUCAUAUAACCGGCAACAUGCGGAGGCCUCCCUUCGCAGUGCCCUGUGUCCAUGGCCGUGUGGAGCAGCUGUCCUCGCUCGAGGUCAUAGGGACAUGUGGUGGUUCAGAUACCCAUCUCACAUUACAGUAGCACAAUCUCUACAAGCGGGCGGAGCAGCAAGGCGUCUGCGUUCUGGGAACCGAGUCAUUGCACAACAGGAAUCUCCAGUCACUUCCCCAGCACUUGGCCGGCUGGUGAAAUCACUUCAAAGAAAGUCGCCACCCCAACCUUCCUCUGUCCAUCCCCUCCACAGAUGCUGCCUGACCCGCUGAGUUACUCCACCAUGUACAAGAAGAAUCUGCAGAUGCUGUUUUACACCGAAGAUACACACAAAAUGCUGAUCAGGCAGCAGCUCUGGAGAAAAGAAAUAGGUGACGUUUCAGGUUGAGACCCUUCUUCAGGGGAAUCCAAAACGUCACCUAUUCCUUCUCUCCAGAGACGGUGCCUGACCCGCUGAGUUACUCCAGCAUUUUGUUUCUAUCUUCAAGUUACUCCAGGAAUUUAUUUGUUGCUCCUAAUUUUUAUAAACUUAUUUCUAUUUAACAUUUUCAUUGCAAAAU